CCAGUUCCUCAGAGCCUUGGCUUCUUCCAGUGUUGCUCCUGCCAGGAAGGAAGAAUUUUCAAAACCACAGCAGGAUGUGUGACCAGCAGAAGCAGCCACAGUUUCUUCCGUCUUGUGUGAAGGGUUCGGGACUUGGAACUGGGCAAGGUGGCAAUGGUGGUGCCUUUGGAAAGGGCCAGGUUUCAGGCCAAGCUUCAGGCCAAGUUUCAGGCCAAGUUUCAGGCCAGGUUUCAGGUCAAGCUUCAGGCCAGGCCCAAACUGUUUAUGUUCCAGGACCUGCCCCUUGCCAGUCUCAAACCAUCGUGAGAUACUCAGCUCCAGUUCCCGCUCAAACUUAUGUGAGAUAUCAAGUUCCAUGCCAGACCAAAACCUAUGUGAAAUGCCCAGCUCCCUGCCAGACAUACGUGAAAUGCCCAGCUCCAUGCCAGACGACUUAUGUGAAGUGCCCACCCCCAUGCCAGACGACUUAUGUGAAGUGCCCACCUCCAUGUCAGACGACCUAUGUGAAGUGUCCAGCCCCAUGCCAGACGACCUGUGUCAAAUGUCCAGCUCCCUGCCAGGCUCAGACGUAUUAUGUCCAGUAUCCAGCUCCUAGCCAGACCUACUACACUCAGGCUGCUUCAGGUGGCUCGGGUUCUCAGGGCGGUGUCCCUGACCCAUGCUCUGCUCCCUGUUCCAUGAGCUACUGCUGUUUGGCUCCGCGGACCUUCGGGGUGAGUCCUCUGAGACGCUGGGUCCAGCGGCCCCAAGGAUGGAACACAGGAUCUUCUAGCUGCUGUGAGGAUUCUGGGUGCUGCAGUUCUGGGGGUUGUGGAGGCUGCGGCUCUGGAGGCUGCGGCUCUGGAGGUUGUGGCUCUGGAGGCUGCGGAGGCUGUGGCUGUGGUUCUGGAUGCUGCUGUUUGGGAAUUAUUCCCAUGAGGUCCCGAGGUCCUGCAUGCUGUGACAACGGGGAUGAUUGCUGUUGUUAAAUACAAAAGGACAGCCCUGCUUCCAAAAUUUACCUCCUGCUAUGUCUUCUGACACCCCCCACCCCCCCCCCCCCCCCCCCGCCUCUGUCAGCCUCCCUGGUCUUCCUUACUUUACCCCUUUAUCAAGGCAUCCUGCCAGAGUUAGCAUAACCCCAAAACUGUGGCAUGAAUAAAGUUCCGAAUGCAAGCA